AUGGAGAGUCAACAGCCAAAAAAUAAUGAACAGAAAUUAGAAGGUUUGCCAAUAAAAGAUAGUCCGUAUACGCAAUACAAAGAUUUAGAGGACUAUAAAGAGAAAGGUUACGGCACUCAUGGUCACCAAGAGGUGAAACCGGGCCGUGGGGCAAUGGCAUCUACUGAUGCCCCGACUUCUGGGGUAUCAGUAGAUGCCCCUACUUCUAAGACUGGUGGUGCAGUUGCGGUCGCAGCUGCAACACAGUCUGAAGAGGCUAGUGAUCCCGCAACCAUUACUGAUACUAUAAAUCAGCAUGGGGUUUGCUAA